UCCUGGCACUCCCUCGAAACGUUCGAAUCUUCCUGCGAAAGCUUACACACCGGAGCAGACUAUCGCCUCUCGAGAUCGGUCCUUAACUACGCGACAUGGACCUCGACGCCGAACCAUCCCCCCCGACGGCCAUCCACCUACCCCCCUCUCUUCCAUAUCCUAUCACCCUGACCUCCCUGUUCACACCUGUCUCCUCCCAAGUUACCAAAGGAACCAAGGCUCUUUCCUAUACUUAUACUCUCAAGGACGAUCUGAGAGAUGGAGCGGAUGUGAACACGACGGAUAGUAAGAAGAGAAAGGGCCAGGAGAAGGGGUAUGCAACCUGGGAGAUCCCUAUCGAUGGGGAAGUUAGCGAGUGGGCGAGUGGGGCUAAAGUGGGAGCUGUUAUCAAGGAUGCUAGUCAACCGAUCAUAUACAUUCAACAGCCUUGUGCGCACCCGGUACAAUUCCACGGAAUGUGUGCCAUCUGCGGAGCAGACCUCGCCUCACAAGAAUACACAACCCCAGCAACGACCAAUAAUAGCUCAGCACGAAAUUCUAACCCCAACGGCAGCUCGACCGGUGCGAGCGGUUCGGCGGGAGGGGUGGAGAUUGAGCAUAAUGAGAGCGGUGUGAAAGUCAGCUUGGAGAAAGCACACUCCAUAGCCCUAACUCAACGAAACAAUCUCCUCUCCACCCGUAAACUCAUCCUGAUCAUCGACCUCGAUCAGACGAUCAUCCAGACGGGGUGUGACCUGACAACGGGGAAAUGGAUGGACGAGUGUUGGGGCCCAAAGUGGGGGUUGGUGGAGGUUGACAAGAAGGGAAGGGGGGUCGUCCGCAAAAGCGGUAGCGAAGACGAGGACAAGGGUGCAAACGUUGCGGGGCCGCAUGAUCCAGCUCUCCUAGAGAAUGAGAAGGAAGAGGUCAAAGAAGAGAGGAAGAAGAACAGGGAAGAGAACCCAAAUGCAGACGCGAUCAAGGAUAUUUGGAGGUUCAAGAUGGACGAUGAGGAUGAGGUUGGGACGGACGCUAUGGGGAGAAAGUGGGUGAGAAAGGGUAGACAGGGGGUUUGGUUUUAUGUCAAGCCUAGACCCGAUCUACAAGACUUCCUAACCAAAAUGUCCUCCCUUUACGAACUGCACGUAUACACCGCCGGAACCCGUUCUUACGCCAACGCCAUCUGUACAUGCAUCGACCCUACCGGCAAGUUCUUCUCCGAGCGUAUCCUCAGCAGGAACGAGAGCGGGAGCGCGAGUACGAAGAGCUUGAAGAGGUUGUUCCCUACGGACGAGAGCAUGGUCGUCGUGAUCGAUGAUCGGUGGGAGGUCUGGGCGCAUGGGAGGAAUUUGGUCAAGGUGAUACCCUACGCCUUCUACCCGAAUACUGGGGAUAUCAAUUCGGCGUUCGUUGAACCUCGGGCCACAGACGUGCCUACCGGAUCUCAAACUCCAGCUGCCACUGUCGAGUCGAGCGAGAAGACAGACGACCCUGAAUUGGAGAAAAAGAAAUUGCAAUCCGAGGCAGCGGCCAGGGAGGUGGAGAUCCAGGUAGCCGAGGCGCCUUUGGCCAAAAGGCAAGAAGAGCUCGACCGGCAGGAGGCCGAGGGGGCUGAUGGAGAUAUGGUGGAUGAUGUCAAGAUGCUUGACGGCAAGCCGGAUGAGGUCCCGCAUCACAAGCGUGCGGCGUUGGUCGACAACGACCGGGAGCUGAGGAGGAUCGACAAGGUCUUGAACGAGGUCCAUGGCAGGUUUUAUCAGGCUUACGAUCAGAGCGAUAAAAGGGUCACGUUCCGACCGGCAUCAGAGCCGACGAAUAGCAUACCCCAUGACGUUCGGCACAUCAUCCCGCACAUGCGAAGAAAAGUGCUGAAUGGCUGUGUGAUAUGCUUCUCGGGGAUCAUACCGCUCAAUCAGCGCCCAGAAGACAAUGAAUUCUGGCUAUUAGCGAGCAUGUUUGGCGCUCGAUGUCAAAAAGCGCUCGACAAGCACGUAACGCACCUGGUAGUUGCUCAGGCGGACACGCAAAAGGUUGGCCAGGCAUUACGAUUACCGAAUACUAAAGUCGUCUGGAGGGAAUGGCUACGGUUCAGCGUCGACUUUUGCGUUCGGCAACCCGAAGAGGCUUUCCAGAUCAAGUCGUUCGGCCGAUCAGGCGGGUCACCGCCACGGACUCCUAGCCGCAAGGGUAAAGAGCGGGAGACAGCUGAGACGGCUGUGGACACGUCACCGCCUACGCCUGAUGUCACGGAGCGCCCACUGCCAGCCGCGGUGUCGGCUGGAGACUUUGACGAUAUCGACGCCGAAUUGGAGGAGUUUAUGGGGAGCGACGACGAUGACGAUGAUGACGACUCGAUGGCCGGGUCGGAAAGUGGUCAAAGCAAUCUAAGCCCAAUAGCCAGCCCUACAAACCGUAAACGGCCUCGGAAAACGCAUAUGGACGAGAACGAAACAGCCUCGCAAGAACAGUACGACUCGAGUCCGUCCGACUCGGAAGAAGACGGCAAGAUGGCUCAAUUUUCGCCAGAGACUGGGUUGACAAACGUGGGACCUCCUGUCACGAAGCGAGCGCGCUAUCAUCACGACGAUGACGAAGACCGGGAUAAUCAGUAUGCCGAUAUCGAAAAGGGGAUGCGGGAAGAAGACUAUGACGAGUAUCCGGAUGAAGGAAGUGCGAGCGAACUGGACGACAAGGAAGAAUAUGACCCGGAGGACGCUGAUGAGGAAGAAAAGGAUGGCGAGGUCACAGUAGAAAAGGCAUCCAUGACAUAGCCCAUAGGUCAUAAAUCAUUGUAAAUUCAGGCUUCGUCGCCGCGCUGCAUCAGCAUAACCUCAUCAGGAUUUCAUGAACCGAGAAUAUCUCUUUUGCUGGCGCUUCGUCUUCUCAGCCGCUUCAGGGCAUGCAGAUCGAGGUUGCCAUCGAGGGACGUAUAUGAA